AUGAUCCCUAUCCUCCUAUGUUUGUUCCUUGUCGCACCCAAUUUUGGUGAUCGCAAUUCAGGACUCACUCGUGGACUGCAGACACGACCCGCAGACGCGCUUUGUCCAUCCUACUGCGAGUGCCUUCGGGAGGAGACGACAGAUGGGACUCCGAUGUACUCCGCUGAGUGUCAUGUGGCAACGAAUACUCUACCGAUUUUGUGCGCUCGAAGGUGGAUUAGUCUAAAACUGAAUCUCUACAAUUAUUCGGCUCCACUGCAGCAAGCCACAUUUGAAGCAAAACCCCUCUUUUCCUAUUGUCAUGAACUCGCGAGUCUUUAUAUUCGACAGACUGGGGAUAAUCCAGUGGGCUUUACAUUUCGCUCUAUCCUACAGGGCUUGGUAAAUCUUCGAAGGAUAUGGCUUCAUCAUGUCCAGGUGGAGACAGAUGGCUUCGAUGCGUCUAGUUUUUAUAAAGUUCCCCCAAAUUUGGAGCUAAUUGCUUUUUCCGACUGCCACUUAAAUUUAGAUACACGUAAGCCGUUGUUUUUUGAUACACCCACGAGUUUACGACAGCUUAGACUGACAAAUAUAAGUCUCACGGGAUCCUUUUCAAAAUAUCUACUGGUUAACUUGUGUCACACUUCAACUGGCGCCUCUCGCCCAAAUGAUCUUGUGUCACUCUACUUGGAUCGAAAUUACCUAAAGGGUUUGACGCGUGACAGUCUUGUCGGAUGCAGGCACUUAAGAGUACUUCAGCUAUCCUAUAAUCAGCUCAGCGGCAGUCUUGAGGAAGUAAUGGGUUUAAGUCCUCGUAUUCUGAGGCAAAAUUGGACUUUUAAGAAAACGCUUUCGGCAGCAGAGACCAUAGAAUACGGAGUCCUUGGAUACACACCACAGCUACAAGCUUUGGAUCUCUCUGGAAAUUUUAUAUCCGGUAUCAGGAGUCCUCUAUGGGCAUACGGUCGAGAUGGUUCCAAAAUUCGCAGUCUAUUAGAAUUAAAAACCAUUUCACUCUCAAAUAAUAACCUCACAUUCAUCGUCCGUGGUGCUUUUCAAGGAGCACCAAACCUUCGAGAGAUUGACUUGUCUCGAAAUCCCAAGCUCUUCUGUCCGAUGCAUCUGGAAUCGCCAACAUUUUAUUCAUACAUAGAUCCCUACAUUUUCGGGGGAGUGGAGAAACUGAAAAAGGUCUACUGGGAUUUCUCGGACAAAACAUGCAUUUUAAGCUCUAUGAUGUCCGAGUCAAGCUACGGUAUCCUGUCCGAAGGACUAUUUAGUCUGUUCGCAUCUCGUGCCCUCUGUUUGACCGAAGUGACACGACAGCCCGUGACUAAUAGACAGCUUGCUCUCGCUGGCAUCACCACAUCAGCCACGCCAUUCGUAAUUCGGAAUAAACUUUCUGCGACAGAACAUUCAAUAGAAAUGGAAGGUUCCACUUCUUCCUGGGCCCUUAUUGACAUUGCAUCGAGUUUUCUUUGCUGUUUAAUGGCCCUCCUGUUAAUUGUUCUCUUCAUUGUGCUAGCAAUUCGAAGCAAAACCGUCUACGAGACGCUGUCAAAUUGCUGCAAAAAGGGAAAAAGGGCUGCCCCUUUGUCUCUGGCGGAUCAGCAGCCCUUAGAUGAGCCACGAAGACCACAGGGUGGUCCGUGUUAUACGUUCCCUGCUGGUAAUGGACGAGCAGGAGUACUUUUAUUACACGAGGAGAGAGAGGGUCGUUUAAACAACGGCUUAAGGAGCAGUAGUCUGCAGAACCUCUGUCUGGCGUGCCUUGAACAAACUCCCGUGAAUUCCGCGUCUUCGGCUAAUACGCAACACCUGGAGUUCUAUGACAAUAACAAGCACUUGACUACGAGCUUCCUGGAAGGUGUAACAACGCAGCCACCACGAGUGUCGGGGGCGGAAAUCACGCAAGUCAUAAUCGAGUCACAUGAAAGACCUGCGGAUGAAAAAUAUAACGUACAUGAAUGGAAUUUUGUUUGA